AGCAGACCAGUGCCGUAGUUUGGAGCGAAGACACGCGCACGUCGUGGAAGUUUGUCUCUGCGUGGACGCGAGCCGUCAACUUGAGUGGGUGCGCGCGCAAAGUGGAUACAAAGUUCGUGGACUCUUGGGAUUGUGUUGUGCAUGGCGGUGUCAAAGAGUUCCAAGUCUGGAAAUACCAUGUUGCCUCUUCUCCUGCUCCUCUUCAUCUCCUACAGUCUGGUUUUAGCCUUUGAGUGCCCCGUAGAUUGUGCUUGCCAAGACCAAAGCUCAAUAUUUUGUCUAAAUCGACGAUCCAACACUGUUCCCCGUGUCCCAGCGAGCACAGUGAAUCUCUACAUUUUCCAAAAUGGGAUCAAAACUUUGACACAAAAUGACUUCAUAGGUCUGGGGGAGCUGGAUAUGAUCGAUCUGAGCCAGAAUGAGCUGGGAGAGGUUCCGGGUGGUGUAUUUAAGAUGCUGUCAAAGCUUAAAAACUUAGAUUUGUCAUCUAAUGCCAUUACUCACAUUUCCAAAGACAGCUUUUCUGGGUUGUUCCAGCUGGAGAGACUGUAUCUCCAUCAGAAUCUCAUCCAGACCAUCCACCCAGAAGCUUUCCAAGGUUUAGAAAUGCUAUUGGAACUCAAGCUACAUGGAAACAAACUCACCUCCUUGCCAUCCCUUCAGUUACCCCGACUUCUGCUUCUGGACCUCAGUAACAAUAAUAUCCCAAGUUUAGGUGUCUCAGACCUCCAGACUCCUCACUUAGAAGCCCUUAAAAUAGCUUCUCUUGGGCUCACCUCUCUGGAUGAUGACCUUAUAGCCUCCCUUGGGAAUCUCCAUGAGCUCGACAUCUCCAUGAACCAGAUAACGGAGGUUCCUAAUGCUCUAAAGCAGGACUCCCUCAAGGGUUUAAUCAAGCUCAACCUGGCUGUCAAUCCAUUGGGUGAGCUCAGAACAGAGGACUUUCAGAAACUCAUUGGGCUCCAAGAAUUGGAUCUCAGUGGCAUUAAUCUCCAGGAAUUUCCCCAAGAUUUUUUCCAGUCCUUCUCCAGGCUGACAUAUAUUGCAGCAGCUGAGAAUCCAUUUAACUGUUUGUGUCCACUAGCUUGGUUUCCAGUGUGGCUGAAGGAGAGAACUGUUGAUCUGUUGAGGCCUGAGGAGACCAGGUGCCACUUUCCUCCAACUAACGCUGGUAAGAUGCUUUCAGCACUCAAGCACAAAGAUUUUGGAUGUCCACCAACUACAACUUUUAUGAUGAAGUCCCCUAUCGGGAGUACACCUCGUCCUCAGGUUCCUACCACAACCACAGAAACAACCCAUACAAAUACCAUAACCCCUCCUCCACAAUUAAAUGGACAAACCGUGGACUCAAAGAUAGACUUGCUUCCAUCAGAAUCUCCUGCCUCCCCAAGCUCCACAAGUGGGCGAUAUGAGCAACACAUCUGUCCAGCAAACAUCUGUCUUAACGGGGGUACAUGUAACUUUGACCCAAUGGGACAAUUGGGCUGCCUGUGUCCUUUCGGAACAUCUGGACUCUAUUGCGAAAACAUUGACAAUGUUCCAGAGCCACCAAAACCUUCAGCAACAGAAGUGUCCAAGACGGCCCCCACAAUUCUUGCAGAACUCGAUGCCAUCAGCUCACGCCAGGUGACCUCCACAUCUAUCCUUCUUGAUCUUCAUCGGUUCAUCAAGACACGACCAAACAUCCGGGGCAUCACGCUGACCUACCGUAAUCUCUCAGGCCCGGACCGCCGUCCCAUCAUUUUGAGUCUUCCGGCAUCCUACCCCGAGUACACCUUGCGUGGACUGAUACCCAACUGUACCUACUCAGUCUGCGCCAGUCCUCUCGGCGAGAGAAUGAGCUCCAGGGCUAACAGCUCUGUAGAAACUGGGUCUUGUACAGAAGCUCGCACUGUUGGGGUUCCACUGACAUCCUUAGAACCCAGAGUGGAGACACAGAGCUUACUCACAUAUACUCUCAUACCAGUUGUUGCUGCUCUGGCGCUGGUGCUGGUGUUGGCUUUGGUGGCCGGUAUGAUCAUCUUUCUGAGGAAAAAGAGAGAGAGCAAGGCGGGGAUGGAGCUUGAACUGGGUCCUGCUGAUCCUGACGACCUGAUGGAAGUGGAAGGCAUCAAGGUGUGUCCUGAAAAUGGGGGAAAUGGGACACUACCGCGGAAACAAGCGGAGAUCGAGUGCUGUCACACGCCACAACCACUGCCUUCCUUGCAACCAAAUAGUAGCUUAGACUAUGAGGUGCAUUUGAUGCAAGGACACUCGCCAUCAAAUAACAAUCGAUCAUCCCUAAAAGCGUCAUAUUUCUAAGUUGAAAUAAUACACAGACAGUCUUGAUGUCCGUCAAAAUUCUGUUCAGGUCUGUGUAGUGGUUUAGAAUUCAAACAUUUCCUUCAAAUGUCACUAUGGCACUUAUUCUUUGUCUCCACUACUGACCGGAUUGACAGAGAAUGAUGAGAAGCAAUUACAAUUGCAAUGUAUUGGAAAUGAUGUGAACCACUGCGGGACAGACAGGUUGUGGUUUUUUAAUGGGUUUGAUGGUGACAAAACCCAACAAAGUGCAAUUGACAAGAAUCGUCCUAGAAGCAUGGAGAAAGCUAUUAACUGUGGUUUGUUCUAAAACUGUUUUUUGUAAAAAAUUGAAAGAAGUUGUAAAUCUCUUGCUGGAUUUGGAAAUGAACUGGAGGAAAUUUGAGCUAUAAAUGACAAGAAGGGUAAAGUUCUAGUCUUGGCUAUAGACUGGAACUGAAUUGACUCAUUAUUAUUGCUUUUCAGUGUUAUCAUUAAAAACUGAAAUAAGACAGAUGAUCAAACAACGAUAAAGCUACAGACAGUUUGAAAACAUUUUGUGGAGCUGAACUUCCUAAGCAUACCAACUUGGAUUCUUCACUUUCAACAGAUCCAUCCAUGACUCAAUCCACACGUCUACUGGCUUUUGGCUCAGUGGGAACUACAUUUUCUGUGAAAGAAAAAGGGACUGAACAAAAAGCCAUUAAGUCGGCCCACAUUGUCAUGUGUCAUGACAGAAAGUCUGGCUGAUGUAACCUUAUUUGUUUUUUGUUUUUUUGUGUUUUUGUGCCUACUCUCAAAUCAGUAUUGCUGUCAUCGAAAAUGUUAUCAAAAAAGAUGGAAGGGUGUCUAGGAGUCAAGUAACCAUCAAAUAUGUACAAGACAAGAUGUUUGUGACUCCUUAGCUCUGGGGUGUCCAAAUUGUUUUCACCGAGGGUCACAUAAAGAAAAAUUUAAGGAUGCAAGGGACCAAAUUAUCCCGAUGAGUAAUGCCCGUAUUGAAAAGAAAAAACACAAUAAUAUUAGUACAACAUAUUCAUUUUUGAAGAUAACGAUUUUUAUAUUUUCAACCAAAAAGUUGUGUAUUUUGGAAAAAACAGCUAUUAUAAAGCUUUGGGGGAAAAAAACAUUAAUUUUUUUGAGACAAAAGUACUGUAUUUUUUGAGGAAAAUAAACAUAUUUGAGGAAAAAAGUUAUACAUUUUUAAAAUAAAUACCAUACAUAGAAUACAUUUAUAUUUUUUUAGAGGUUAGUUACAUCUUUACAAAAAAACUUCAUAAUUUACCAAGUUAUGUUCUGCAUAAACUACCAUGAAGGUAAAUUACAGUUUAUUGUAUACACUUAUUUAAAGUAUUAAUAUUAUAUUUUUCCAUCUAUCCAUCAUCUUAUAAGUCGGGUCACGGGGGCAGAGAAGACCAGACUUCUUUCUCACAAGCUACUUCGUCCAGCUCUUCCGGCGGAUCCCGAGGCCUUCUUAGGCCACCUGGGAGACAUAGUCUCUCCACCAUGUCCUGGGUCUUCCCCGUGGUCUGCUACCGGUCGGACGCGCCCUAAACGUUAUUAUUAUUAUUAUUAUUAUAUUAUAACAUGUCCCUCAAAAUAAAACUUACUUUCUUUGAAACAUUUAUUCCUCAAAAAUAUAGUGGUAUAAUUUUUUCUUUUCAGUGUGGUCCCUUGUACAUCUUCAUAAUAUUGAUAUUUUUUAAAGAAAAAAACAGACUAUCUUAGCUAAUAUAAAUACUUUUUUUCUUGCAAAUGCUUUUUAAAUUUUUCACCUUCAGGCCUUAAGUAGGGGCCAGUAGGGCUAUGUUUAAUUUAAUAUUUUAAAGAACAUGCCGCAAGCCUCUGUAAAAAAAAGGAGCUUUGGGCCGCAAAUAGCCCUGAGGGCCGUACUUUGGACACCCCAGCUUUAGAUCAAGUAUUAAUCUAGUUCGAGGUCAGCAUCUGACCAAGAACAAUCACAACGGACAUGCCUGACAAUUAUGUGAACUUUGGUUAAACUAGCCAAGAAAGUGUUACUUUACUACAGGGUCUGUACAACAUCCGAGUCUUUUGCAAAGUAGUAGUUGUUACCAGCUUACACAAACCUACUGAACAUUCAAAGACCACAAAGAGAUUAUUCAGAAUAUAAAGGUAAAGUAUGUUGAAUUUUGGGGAACAGAACAGGUUAUUUACUGAAAGGCUAAAUGCACAUCCUGAUAUUUGAUUGUGCUAUUUCUUAAACCAGAAAGAAGAAGUGCAAAUGCUUUACACCAUUGUGCCUUCAGAUACCCAGGACAUGCAAAUGUGCCUUUUUAAAAACAGCGCUCUUAAAACACUAAGCCACAUCUUCACUGUGGAUGAAUCGUAAUUAAAGCAACAAAAACAAAUUGUCAGGUUUUCUCCAACAUUGUCCACUCCCUGCUUUUCAUCUAUUCCCCACUGCAAAGUAAACACAAGAUACAUCUGCCACUCCAUCAACUGGAAAACUUUGGGUUGUGUUCGUGGGCUGCCAUCAGCUGUUUGCAACAUGCUCGCUAAAGUGCUAUCAUGUUUUGUAUUGUUUGUUUGUCGAAAAAAAAUGCUGUAUGUGUUUCCCAGAAAAUAAUGCAGACAAAAGGACAGUAUUAAA